AUGGAACUUCUUUCUUGUGCUCUGUUUAUGCUAAUGUUCCUUUUGCCUGGAGGAAGGAGAGACGCACAAAACGUACGGAACUGGUUAGUUGCAGGAACGGAAGAAAAUCAAUUAACUAAGCAUGCCAAUAAAUGGAGUCGCUUUAGCGCUUGGACAUGCAAUACGCCGCAGGUUAGAAAGUAUGGUAGAACGUCAUUUCACACAUUUGUCAACGAAACUAGGCGACAUUUUCGAGUUUUCGUAUUCGGGGGAAUAUCAAACUCAGCAGACGUAGCUGAUACGAAACUUUCAAAAGCGACUUGGAUAUAUAACGAAGAAAUGAACUACUGGAGUGUUCUUGAUAACCUCGCAGACGAACCUCCAGCUUUAGAAUCUCCUCACUUGGUUACUGUUUGCAACCAUUACGUGAUUCUCCUACACCCUCACUUGAUCAACCAUACUUGGAUUUUCGUGAUAUCCAAUAUGCAAUGGAUGCAAACAAGAAUUCUGCCAGAAUUGCCUAACUUGCACAAGUUCGUGCUUUUCGAAGAAAUGACGGCUAUUGCCGUAAACAAAACGAAUUGCUCUUGUUUAUGCUGUCAAUCAGUUCUGCUGUUUCCAUGCGGAAAUAAUCCAGAGUUUGAAACGUUGUAUGAAUUUAGCUGCGUUUCCGAAGCAAUCGCGUACACUUGGAAGCAAAUACGUUUUCAGCAAGCACUUUACCCUGUUAAACCGGAGUGCAAAUCGUUUGCGUCGUCGCCAUCAAAAGAUAUGGUAUUUGCUAUGGUUGGACAAUGUCUAUGGUUGUUCUCUGUCAAAUAUUCUACCUGGGAACGCGCUGACAACUGUACCUUACUGCAAACCAUUUCUAUAUCAAAAUACACAUUUGGAACAGUUUCUCCUGACAAUCUAAACAUUUAUCUUCUUUUUGAUAUGAAGCAUCGCAUAGUUAAACGAAUAAACGUGUCUGAUUUCUCUACUUCUUCAGAAACAAUCGUUGGCACGAUUCUUUUCGUUUGGCGAUUGUACUUUAUACACGCUCGAAAUGGUGAUCAAGUAUUGUUUCUCGGACAGGUUAAACAUGACUUUUGUCAGUCGAGUAUGUGGGCACUGACAAAAAGCAGUUCAUCUCCAGUUUGGGUAAUGACGAAACUCUCGGACACGGAGCUAUCACCGUCUGGUAACACAGACGUUUUGCAAUCAGUAUGGAAUCAAAGAAUCUACUUGCUUGUGUACAGAAGGUACAAUAACAUGCUCGAAGAUCAAGCACAAACUUAUUACAAUUUAUGGUAUCUGUAUCUCCCGUUUAUGGUCUGGAAACAAUUGGGAAGAGUUGACAGAGGAGUUAUCGUGCCAGGUAGUUCGACAACAUCAGCUAGCACAUUUCUUGGCAAUAAGUACUGGCUAAUUGUCUCACAAAACAUCACAAGAAUUCUAAACACAGACACGCAGUUUAUCCACGGCAGGAUAAAACAUUCUAUAAAUAAUCGAACCAGCUUCAGCAUGGUAACAGUGAACGGAACCUCUGCGUUGCUGUUUGGUGGCAAAUUGAAUAUCGGCUUAUUUGAUGAUCUUUGGCUUUUUUCUUCUAAAACUAAACGUUGGACUGAGGUAGAAAUUGACAGGAAAGUUGGAUCAGUUCCUCCACCGAGAUUCAAUCAUGCAGCAGCAAUCAUUAGAUCGCAAAUGUUUAUAUACGGUGGACGCGACAAGAAUGAUGUCUGCUACGACGACUUAUGGAAGUUUGAUCUUAGCAGCAAGAAUUGGUCAAUUAUCGAAGCACAGAACCAAGGUCCGAACGUCACAGGAAUUAAGUUUUGCAUUGCACAUGCAACAGCUCAAAGCGGUCAUUUGUGGAUUUCUGUUGGGUGCGGUAAAGAAGCCGCAUGCAAACAACCUGAAAUACAAAUUUGGAUGUUUAUCAUUCAUCUAAGAAUUUGGGAACGUCUUAAUGACUUUCAGCCAGUCACUGAAUUAGAUAAAACACUUAAGCCACUAGCAUUUUGGCAGGGUUACCUGUUCAGGGUUGCGACACCAGAAUACGGACUCUCUUAUAUUAAAGUAGGCUGCCCUUUAGGACUCGUCUCAAAAGAUAUUUCUGAAUUUCCCUGCGAUCUGUGCGAGAUAGGAUACUAUCCAAACGCUAUAUCAGAACAGUUUUUGUCAGAAGGGGAGAUGUCUAGUUAUCACUAG